AAUUAUGUGAUGUGAGGGUCUCAGUGCACGAGAGAGUUGCCAAUAGUACCGUAAAAACGGGAAACAGAGAAUAGCGCUUUAAGAGUCACGUGACAAACACGGAAGUGAAAGUACCACUAAAAAGGAAAAAUGCCUGCCUACCAUUCCAAAUUUACAGAUGCACCUAAACAUAUUGGGAACAUGGCUAUGUUGCCAUUGAGGACAUCAUAUAAAGGGCCAGCACCAAAAGACACGACAGAUUUUGACAUCAUUGACGAGGCUAUUUAUUAUUUCAAGGCAAACAUUUUCUUCAGGACAUAUGAAAUUAAGAGUGAAGCUGACAGAACUCUUAUUUACAUUACAUUAUAUGUUAGUGAAUGUUUGAAGAAAUUACAAAAGUGUGGCUCAAAGAAUGACGGUCAGAAGGAGAUGUACACGUUAGGAAUAACAAAUUUUCCGAUCCCUGGUGAAGGAAAGUUUCCUCUUAAUGCGAUGUUUACAAAACCAGCCAACCGGUCCGAAGAAGAUACAAUGAGAGCAUACCUUCAGCAAAUAAGACAGGAGACCGGACUUAGAAUGUGUGAAAAAGUGUUCGACCCAGCAAAUGAUAAGCCUUCCAAGUGGUGGCUUUGUUUUGCAAAGAGGAAGUUUAUGGAUAAAAGUUUAUCUGCACCAGGACAAUAAGGACACUAAGACUUAGGUUACAAACAAUUACCAUGCUUUCAUCUUGUAUAAAGACAUGUAUAAAACUCUCUUAUCAUCAAACAUCAAAUAGAGUGACAUAGGAGAUAUAUACUUAAAUAACUUCUAGCUUAGGCAAGUGUUAUAACCAAAUGAAAUUGUGUUCAAACAACAUUGUUAACAGGACACUAAUUAUGAAAAGCACAAAAUGCUUAAAUUUGAAGAAAAAAAGUUUGCAUCUUUUUGUUAUUAGCAUUAUUUCUUUUCAUCCAAGUGAUUAGAAUCAUUAGACUGACAAUAAACCAAAACAUUUUAGAUAUUAUUUUGUAUGCAAUAAAUAAUUUACUGUUCUAAAGUUUGCUUCUUCAGUACUAUUACUUUGAAUAUUUACUAAUAUUUCUGUUAUCACAGUAUGUAUUGAUAUUUGUGAUUGGCUGUCUUAUUGUACUUACCCAUGAUUCUAAUUAUGUAAUGUUAAUUCUGAUUGGCUAUCUAUUAAGAUUUACCCAUAAUUUUAUGUAUUUUUCAAUGUGAUUGGCUAUCUCCAUCAUUCUUGUUGAGUUUGUAUGUGUUUAUUAUGACCAAAUUAUGAGAUAUUAGCAAAGUAUCCAUGUAAUAAUGGUUACUUUACGAUAUAUUUGAACAAUAUUUUCACAUUUUUAUUCAGUGAACUAUAUAAAUGUAACAAUGCAUGUGUUUUAUGUACUUAACUUGUUACUGUAAAAUAAACAUGUGUAAUAUUUA